GCUCAUUCCUCAAAAGAAUCACCACGUGAACUGAAACGGUUUCUCUGUUACUCGUGAAGGAGGGAAUGCUGUGCGUAUGGCGCACCCACCGUUUUGCAAAUAAAUGUGUCCACUCUUCAUUCAAAACCAAAACGAACCAGACUUUCCGUUCCUUCCUUCCGCCUGACACCUGAAUAUACGGUUUGGGUCGGUCGAUUUUUUCGGGAUUGAAUCAUUAAAACAUCGCUUUGAGCUCUCUCUCUCUCUCUCUUAUUAGUCGUUAGUGAGGAAGACAAGGAGAAAACCAAAGAUUGUACUGUUCCGUCGCAGGGCAAGGACGAAAAACCAAAACCUCUGAUGUCUACAUUGGGCAAACCAGCAAAUAUUUUCUGGCAUGAAUGCCCAGUUGGGAAACUUGAAAGGCAGAAACUUCUUCAGCAAAAAGGAUGUGUUGUAUGGAUUACAGGCCUCAGUGGAUCAGGAAAAAGCACGCUGGCAUGCUCAGUUGGAAGAGAGUUGCACACUAGAGGAAAGCUUUCAUACAUCCUUGAUGGAGAUAAUCUUAGGCAUGGCUUAAACAAAGAUCUUGGUUUUAAACCCGAAGAUCGUGCAGAAAAUAUACGUAGGGUUGGGGAAGUAGCAAAACUCUUUGCAGAUGCUGGUUUGAUAUGUAUUGCUAGUCUCAUAUCUCCAUAUAGAAGGGAUCGAGAUGCUUGCCGUGCCCUAUUGCCAGAUGAAAGUUUUAUUGAGGUUUAUAUGAACAUGCCUCUAGAAGUUUGUGAGCAAAGAGAUGCAAAGGGCCUUUACAAGCUUGCACGUGCAGGAAAGAUUAAAGGUUUUACUGGAAUAGAUGAUCCAUAUGAACCACCCCUGAAUUGUGAGAUAGAAAUACAGCAGAAAGAUGGAAUUUGUCCCACUCCAUUGGUCAUGGCAGGACAAGUGGUAUCUUACUUGGAGGAGAAAGGCUUUCUUCAAGAGCCAUGAUGUAUCCAACUGAAAUAUCCAUUUCUUUGAUCACCAUUGAGCUGUCAUCUUGUAGAUGUCAUGGUCUUGGAUGAUGUAAUUUCAGAUCAUUUGUAUAGUUAAUUAUCAACUGAAGGGGCCUGAUUUGGUAGCUAUUGGGCAAUUUUAUGGUUGAGUGGGUUCCAACUUCCAAUAUCAUGGUGCACUCACUGGGACUUGAGACAGGUUACCAAGUCAACAUAAUUAACGACCAUAACUGUGGAAACCCAUGUUGUUACCAUCAAAAGCCAUUUUGGCUUUGUUUCUGAACGAGCUUUUUCUUUUGAA